AUGCGGGAUGGCCUUGUGCAAGUAAAGGAUGUGCUUGUAGGGAAGAAUGCUGCCACAGGGGGUGUGAAUGUUGCGGCAGGGGGUGUGGCAGCAGGGGGUGUGGCAGCAGAGGUUCCGGCAGCAGGGGGUGGGAAUGCAGCAGCUGGAAGAAAGACGAGGGUGACAGCAGCAGCCGUGUUUGGGAGAGGGGCGUUCGAAGCCACGUGGGGGGGCAUGCAGCAACGCAUGGAUGCAGUGCUUCAAGAGUACGAGAGCCGAGUGGUUGCUCAGCUUCAGCAGUGGGUCAAGACAUCCACCGCUCUGCACCGCUGUAAGCACCUCUAUUACAACACAGGGCAAGACGACGACUCUACAUCGGUCCAGAUAAGCCCUGUCCAGAUAACGCCUGCUGGGGCGGGUAUGACCUGCAAGCUGCCGACCAGCGUUGUGGUAACCGGCUCGCUCGACUCCACCGACAGUGCUUCCUUCUGCUCCGCGCUUCAGGCCUCCCUGCAGCAAAUGGGCUGCUGCCACGUGGUGCUUCUGGAGCCACAUAACUUGGGAGGGGGAGGGCAGGCAGGCAGCCAGGCUGUGUUGAGCGUGCUGCAGCAGCUGACGGGGAAGGCUGGGAAGGUCCCUGACAUGGCAGCCCUCUCCGCAUGGCACCAGGCACACACCAGUGCUGGCAGCGUGGGGAACGCUGCUGGGUGCAGUGGUGGUGCGUGCUCCAUUGCGGUAGUGGUUGCGGACGCGCCUGCCUGCAGCACCACUGCCCUGCACGCCCUUAUCAGUGUCCUCAGCGAGUGGCGUAGCACCCUCCCUUUUGUCCUCAUCCUCACUGGCGUCCACUCCUUGCCGUCCAUCCCGCGCCUCCUGCCGCCCAGCACCCUCCCCCACCUCCAUCUCUCCACAUUCCGCCUGCCCUCUCCGCGCCUCCUCCUCGACCCUCUCCUCCUCUCCGCCCUUCUACAGCCCUUGUUCUCCCCUCCCUCGCCAUCACCACCAAUCCCUGCAGCAGCAGCAGCCGCAGCAGGAGUAGUAAAAGGAGGUGCAGGAGCAGGAGCAGGGGUAGCAGCAGCAUUAACAGGAGGAGGAGGAGGAGCAGCAGCAGCAGCAGUAGCGGAGGCGGUGCCAGUGGUGCUCUCCCACUCCGCCUGGACUGCACUGUGGGAGUCGUUUGAGGUGCAUGAUGCACGGACUCAAACGCUGCCUCAAG